GUACACCAUUUGACAGUUCUACCCAUUUUCACCGCAUGAAGACGUGUGUGGAUUUUACUGAAUGUGCAUAGAAAAUGGCAGAUUCCGAGGUUCAAAAGAAAUUGAAGGACAUAUCCUUUAAAAUCCAGACCGCAAGUUUGAAGGGUCGACGUGAAGUAGUGAAGGAAAUUCAGGAUGUUUUAUCAACAGAAGGUAUCACAGAGCCAGCAGUCCGCUAUGUCUGCCGAGUGCUCAUGCUCACGCUACACCGGUACCGGGAUUCCACGUCCCAGUCCUAUGUGAAGAGCCUGCUCGCCUACCUGGCUUCUAAUCACCGGGAAUGGACUCUGAGAAGCUUGCUGCCUGUGCUCCUGGAGGUCUCAGAACAACUGAGGAAUACUGCUUCAUCUAAAAGCACAUGUCAGAGCGGGCUAUAUGCACUGCGCUGGUCCACUGUGCUGGUGGAAGGGGCGCUCAAAGGCACCGAAGAGGAUGGAGUCGACUACCCCUCCCUGGUACUGGCUCAGGCCAACCUGUUGGCUGUUGUCAUCGCUGGCGGAGAUAAGAGGCAGAAUGAUAAGGCUUUCUCUAAGCUGCAUACGUCCUGGUUGGCUAUUGGCAGUAAGCUAGCCAAGUGGCCCGAGGUCCUGUUAUCUCAAGCGCCAGAAAGCGGCCCGCACAUCACUGUGGCCUUCUCGGCCCUUUGCCGCCACGCCGCACUUACUGGGGAUACCACACUUGUUGCACCACAUAAGGCCAAAAUGCUAGAAAGCUUCACCAAAAGCCUGAUCAGCGUGAAAGCCCGGCCCAACGCCGCCUACAUCGCCGGUUGUACCGACCUGCUCCACCUACUGGAUCGCUCCGAAGUCUAUGAAACACUACUACCAGCUCUUCAUAAGGCCAUGCUGCGGAGCCCGGAGACCAUCAUAGAGGCUGUGGGCGAAGUCUUUGCUAAUCUUAAUGUGGAUUUGGAUGGGAUAGCUGUUGAUAUUGGAAAAAAUUUGAUUGUGAAUGUGCACUCAAAGGACGAAUGGGUGCGCGGCGAAGCCCUACGCGCGCUCGAGCGUCUCGCACUACGCUGCUCCGAUCCGAAGGCUGCUGAAGACCUGCUCAAACAUGCUUUUGCAGAGUAUCACGGGGCCAGUGGAAAAUUGACUUCCAGCGAAGACAAAAUUGCAGUACUCAAUGGCGUGUCUACACUAACAGCGCUCAACAUGCCCGCGGCCACCCUCAGCAACCUACUGAAGUCAGCUUGCGCCGGUCUGGCGCGCGUGUUGGAGAGCGAGUCUCACGAGAGGACGCUGGUGGCCGCUCUGGACGCCGCGCAAGCCUGGGCGCGGAGCGCGGAGCCGCCGCUGCCUGUACCACUGUUGGACCUAUACACGAAAAUCCAGUCAUCCAAAAACGCGACAAUAGGCGUUCGAGUAGCCAGCCUCUGCCUACUAUCGCGCGCCCUGCGCUGCGCCGCGGCUUCACCUGCUCAAGAACAAGCUCUGCGACCACCACUAGUACAGGCAGUCGCUAAAGCCGCUCAACAACCGCUACAGCACCCGGUAGUCCACGAGGGCGCAUGCGCGAUGCUGGCACUAGUUCUCCUGGAUUCAGCGCGUGAACUUCCUUCACAACCAUCGUGGGUAGCGCUCACACAUCCAGACAAACACGUUUUACUACAUGACCGAGCGCUCGCCGCCGCCGCUGAUGACGUCCUAAUGCAGGUGGUGCUGCUAUGCAGGACCGUAUUGGAGCACUACCCCAAUAUCUCAACCGACCAGCACUCUCCCAUCUACCGCGCCUUAACCAUCAUGCUGCUCUCACCUAUCAAAUCAGUCCGUACACUUGCUCUAGAAGAAGUGAAAAGUCUAUUAGCUAAAGAAGACAGGGCGCUAAUGGCGAGAUACUUGGUGUUGAAGUUAACUGAAGUGUUGGAGGAGGGGAAGUUUGGUGGGAAAGAGAAGUCGCCGGAGGAGAAAGUGACGGAUGUAACGGGGAAGAUGGUUUUGGAUGCGGUGCAAGCGCUCUGUUCGUUUAAAGGUUACUCGGAGCAAGACGCGCAGCUACUCGCCAUCGAUGCGUUACGUGCCAGUCACCACCCACUGGCCGUGGCCGUGAACAAACGUGCCUGGGCUCGCACUGUUCGAUAUUUGAAACUGGACCCCAAGGCACUGGUUGGACUGUAUGCUAAUAAUUUGAAGAAUUCUUAUGUUUGCGGAUACACGCCGAGCGAGACUCUGUCAAACGUGGUAUCAACACUAUCAUCGUGGAGCACAGACGUGGCCGGCGCGGCAGUCUCAACAGCGCUCAGAGCUUUACAAGAUCCCGCCCUUUUGAGGGUGACUCGACACGAGUACUUCACCUAUCUGACCAUGGAGGGCGAGCUGUAUGACAAGAGCUGCGUACCUGGUGUGGCCGGCGCGGCAGUUUUAACAGCGCUCAGAGCUUUACAAGAUCCCGCCCUUUUGAGGGUGACUCGACACGAAUACUUCACCUAUCUGACGAUGGAGGGCGACCUGUAUGACAAGAGCUGCGUACCCGGAAACGAAGACAACAACGCGAUGAAUCUGAAGCGCGAAAGCAAAGCGUACAGUUAUAAAGAGCAGCUCGAAGAACUGCAGCUGCGGCGCGAGUUAGAGGACAAACGGAGGAAGGAGGGCAAGCUGAAAGAGGCCCCACUAUCGGCGAAACAGAAGGAGGCUAUUAAAGCACAACUGGCCAAGGAGAGUGCUAUACGCGAGAGAUUAACUUCCCUAAAUAGCCAAGUAGAAAUCGCCGUCCGUCUACUAGAGGCCGUAGGUGCCGGAUCCGUACACGCUUUAUGCCUGCACGCGCGGCGCAUAGUGCCCGCCCUGCUGGGCGCCCUGCGCUCCCCGCUGGGCGCCGCGCCGGCCCUGCAGGCGCACCGCGCCCUGCCGCUGCUGCCGCCCGCGCUCAAGGACCAGGUGCACGCGCUCACUGUCAGGUAUGACACUAGAGGAUCGGAUACGUCGUGUGUGUACAUAGUGCCCGCCCUGCUGGGCGCCCUGCGCUCCCCGCUGGGCGCCGCGCCGGCCCUGCAGGCGCACCGCGCCCUGCCGCUGCUGCCGCCCGCGCUCAAGGACCAGGUGCACGCGCUCACUGUCAGGUAUGACACUAGAGGAUCGGAUACGUCGUGUGUGUACAUAGUGCCCGCCCUGCUGGGCGCCCUGCGCUCCCCGCUGGGCGCCGCGCCGGCCCUGCAGGCGCACCGCGCCCUGCCGCUGCUGCCGCCCGCGCUCAAGGACCAGGUGCACGCGCUCACUGUCAGGUAUGACACUAGAGGAUCGGAUACGUCGUGUGUGUACAUAGUGCCCGCCCUGCUGGGCGCCCUGCGCUCCCCGCUGGGCGCCGCGCCGGCCCUGCAGGCGCACCGCGCCCUGCCGCUGCUGCCGCCCGCGCUCAAGGACCAGGUGCACGCGCUCACUGUCAGGUAUGACACUAGAGGAUCGGAUACGUCGUGUGUGUACAUAGUGCCCGCCCUGCUGGGCGCCCUGCGCUCCCCGCUGGGCGCCGCGCCGGCCCUGCAGGCGCACCGCGCCCUGCCGCUGCUGCCGCCCGCGCUCAAGGACCAGGUGCACGCGCUCACUGUCAGGUAUGACACUAGAGGAUCGGAUACGUCGUGUGUGUACAUAGUGCCCGCCCUGCUGGGCGCCCUGCGCUCCCCGCUGGGCGCCGCGCCGGCCCUGCAGGCGCACCGCGCCCUGCCGCUGCUGCCGCCCGCGCUCAAGGACCAGGUGCACGCGCUCACUGUCAGGUAUGACACUAGAGGAUCGGAUACGUCGUGUGUGUACAUAGUGCCCGCCCUGCUGGGCGCCCUGCGCUCCCCGCUGGGCGCCGCGCCGGCCCUGCAGGCGCACCGCGCCCUGCCGCUGCUGCCGCCCGCGCUCAAGGACCAGGUGCACGCGCUCACUGUCAGGUAUGACACUAGAGGAUCGGAUACGACGUGUGUGUACAUAGUGCCCGCCCUGCUGGGCGCCCUGCGCUCCCCGCUGGGCGCCGCGCCGGCCCUGCAGGCGCACCGCGCCCUGCCGCUGCUGCCGCCCGCGCUCAAGGACCAGGUGCACGCGCUCACUGUCAGGUAUGACACUAGAGGAUCGGAUACGUCGUGUGUGUACAUAGUGCCCGCCCUGCUGGGCGCCCUGCGCUCCCCGCUGGGCGCCGCGCCGGCCCUGCAGGCGCACCGCGCCCUGCCGCUGCUGCCGCCCGCGCUCAAGGACCAGGUGCACGCGCUCACUGUCAGGUAUGACACUAGAGGAUCGGAUACGUCGUGUGUGUACAUAGUGCCCGCCCUGCUGGGCGCCCUGCGCUCCCCGCUGGGCGCCGCGCCGGCCCUGCAGGCGCACCGCGCCCUGCCGCUGCUGCCGCCCGCGCUCAAGGACCAGGUGCACGCGCUCACUGUCAGGUAUGACACUACAGGAUCGGAUACGUCGUGUGUGUACAUAGUGCCCGCCCUGCUGGGCGCCCUGCGCUCCCCGCUGGGCGCCGCGCCGGCCCUGCAGGCGCACCGCGCCCUGCCGCUGCUGCCGCCCGCGCUCAAGGACCAGGUGCACGCGCUCACUGUCAGGUAUGACACUAGAGGAUCGGAUACGUCGUGUGUGUACAUAGUGCCCGCCCUGCUGGGCGCCCUGCGCUCCCCGCUGGGCGCCGCGCCGGCCCUGCAGGCGCACCGCGCCCUGCCGCUGCUGCCGCCCGCGCUCAAGGACCAGGUGCACGCGCUCACUGUCAGGUAUGACACUAGAGGAUCGGAUACGUCGUGUGUGUACAUAGUGCCCGCCCUGCUGGGCGCCCUGCGCUCCCCGCUGGGCGCCGCGCCGGCCCUGCAGGCGCACCGCGCCCUGCCGCUGCUGCCGCCCGCGCUCAAGGACCAGGUGCACGCGCUCACUGUCAGGUAUGACACUAGAGGAUCGGAUACGUCGUGUGUGUACAUAGUGCCCGCCCUGCUGGGCGCCCUGCGCUCCCCGCUGGGCGCCGCGCCGGCCCUGCAGGCGCACCGCGCCCUGCCGCUGCUGCCGCCCGCGCUCAAGGACCAGGUGCACGCGCUCACUGUCAGGUAUGACACUAGAGGAUCGGAUACGUCGUGUGUGUACAUAGUGCCCGCCCUGCUGGGCGCCCUGCGCUCCCCGCUGGGCGCCGCGCCGGCCCUGCAGGCGCACCGCGCCCUGCCGCUGCUGCCGCCCGCGCUCAAGGACCAGGUGCACGCGCUCACUGUCAGGUAUGACACUAGAGGAUCGGAUACGUCGUGUGUGUACAUAGUGCCCGCCCUGCUGGGCGCCCUGCGCUCCCCGCUGGGCGCCGCGCCGGCCCUGCAGGCGCACCGCGCCCUGCCGCUGCUGCCGCCCGCGCUCAAGGACCAGGUGCACGCGCUCACUGUCAGGUAUGACACUAGAGGAUCGGAUACGUCGUGUGUGUACAUAGUGCCCGCCCUGCUGGGCGCCCUGCGCUCCCCGCUGGGCGCCGCGCCGGCCCUGCAGGCGCACCGCGCCCUGCCGCUGCUGCCGCCCGCGCUCAAGGACCAGGUGCACGCGCUCACUGUCAGGUAUGACACUAGAGGAUCGGAUACGUCGUGUGUGUACAUAGUGCCCGCCCUGCUGGGCGCCCUGCGCUCCCCGCUGGGCGCCGCGCCGGCCCUGCAGGCGCACCGCGCCCUGCCGCUGCUGCCGCCCGCGCUCAAGGACCAGGUGCACGCGCUCACUGUCAGGUAUGACACUAGAGGAUCGGAUACGUCGUGUGUGUACAUAGUGCCCGCCCUGCUGGGCGCCCUGCGCUCCCCGCUGGGCGCCGCGCCGGCCCUGCAGGCGCACCGCGCCCUGCCGCUGCUGCCGCCCGCGCUCAAGGACCAGGUGCACGCGCUCACUGUCAGGUAUGACACUAGAGGAUCGGAUACGUCGUGUGUGUACAUAGUGCCCGCCCUGCUGGGCGCCCUGCGCUCCCCGCUGGGCGCCGCGCCGGCCCUGCAGGCGCACCGCGCCCUGCCGCUGCUGCCGCCCGCGCUCAAGGACCAGGUGCACGCGCUCACUGUCAGGUAUGACACUAGAGGAUCGGAUACGUCGUGUGUGUACAUAGUGCCCGCCCUGCUGGGCGCCCUGCGCUCCCCGCUGGGCGCCGCGCCGGCCCUGCAGGCGCACCGCGCCCUGCCGCUGCUGCCGCCCGCGCUCAAGGACCAGGUGCACGCGCUCACUGUCAGGUAUGACACUAGAGGAUCGGAUACGUCGUGUGUGUACAUAGUGCCCGCCCUGCUGGGCGCCCUGCGCUCCCCGCUGGGCGCCGCGCCGGCCCUGCAGGCGCACCGCGCCCUGCCGCUGCUGCCGCCCGCGCUCAAGGACCAGGUGCACGCGCUUACUGUCAGGUAUGACACUAGAGGAUCGGAUACGUCGUGUGUGUACAUAGUGCCCGCCCUGCUGGGCGCCCUGCGCUCCCCGCUGGGCGCCGCGCCGGCCCUGCAGGCGCACCGCGCCCUGCCGCUGCUGCCGCCCGCGCUCAAGGACCAGGUGCACGCGCUCACUGUCAGGUAUGACACUAGAGGAUCGGAUACGUCGUGUGUGUACAUAGUGCCCGCCCUGCUGGGCGCCCUGCGCUCCCCGCUGGGCGCCGCGCCGGCCCUGCAGGCGCACCGCGCCCUGCCGCUGCUGCCGCCCGCGCUCAAGGACCAGGUGCACGCGCUCACUGUCAGGUAUGACACUAGAGGAUCGGAUACGUCGUGUGUGUACAUAGUGCCCGCCCUGCUGGGCGCCCUGCGCUCCCCGCUGGGCGCCGCGCCGGCCCUGCAGGCGCACCGCGCCCUGCCGCUGCUGCCGCCCGCGCUCAAGGACCAGGUGCACGCGCUCACUGUCAGGUAUGACACUAGAGGAUCGGAUACGUCGUGUGUGUACAUAGUGCCCGCCCUGCUGGGCGCCCUGCGCUCCCCGCUGGGCGCCGCGCCGGCCCUGCAGGCGCACCGCGCCCUGCCGCUGCUGCCGCCCGCGCUCAAGGACCAGGUGCACGCGCUCACUGUCAGGUAUGACACUAGAGGAUCGGAUACGUCGUGUGUGUACAUAGUGCCCGCCCUGCUGGGCGCCCUGCGCUCCCCGCUGGGCGCCGCGCCGGCCCUGCAGGCGCACCGCGCCCUGCCGCUGCUGCCGCCCGCGCUCAAGGACCAGGUGCACGCGCUCACUGUCAGGUAUGACACUAGAGGAUCGGAUACGUCGUGUGUGUACAUAGUGCCCGCCCUACUGGGCGCCCUGCGCUCCCCGCUGGGCGCCGCGCCGGCCCUGCAGGCGCACCGCGCCCUGCCGCUGCUGUCGCCCGCGCUCAAGGACCAGGUGCACGCGCUCACUGUCAGGUAUGACACUAGAGGAUCGGAUACGUCGUGUGUGUACAUAGUGCCCGCCCUGCUGGGCGCCCUGCGCUCCCCGCUGGGCGCCGCGCCGGCCCUGCAGGCGCACCGCGCCCUGCCGCUGCUGCCGCCCGCGCUCAAGGACCAGGUGCACGCGCUCACUGUCAGGUAUGACACUAGAGGAUCGGAUACGUCGUGUGUGUACAUAGUGCCCGCCCUGCUGGGCGCCCUGCGCUCCCCGCUGGGCGCCGCGCCGGCCCUGCAGGCGCACCGCGCCCUGCCGCUGCUGCCGCCCGCGCUCAAGGACCAGGUGCACGCGCUCACUGUCAGACUCCACAAACCUCAAUGCGACCUGGACCCAGCGUGGGAGAGUGAAGACUUGGACAAGGCGACAAUCCGAACUAUAAACUUAAUACACGAGAUCACCGUGGGAACUAAGGAACAACCGGGAAAGCCGCUCAACGCUCCGGGCUUCUGUUAUGUGUUCUCGCUUCUUAAAAUUGGAAUGUCAGUAAAUGCAGUCCGAGCCAAUGAAAGAACGAUGCUAGCGGGGCUGGCGAUAGUGAGCACGCACGCGGCGCUGCGAGGAACCUCGCCGCUGCUGCAGCCCGCCCUGUUCCCCACCGACCACAUGUUCAGGACGCUAGUGGAGCUUGUGGGAAGCACAAGCGGACGCGUCCAAACAGCGUGCACGGUCGCUCUGUUAGAAACUGGUGACAUGGCGUCACGAGCACCGAUCACACACGAAGAUGUCGUUUGUUUACUGGCAGGUUUACAGAGCCCACUUGAGGUUGUCCGUGACGCAGCAUUAAGAACGCUCCUCCGCAUAGCGACGCGCUUACCCCCACUAUUUGAGGACAAGGAUCAGGCUCUAGAAAUUAGCAAACGGCUGCUGGUCGCUACAUUUGACAUCGCUGAAGACAAUAAGAAGCUAGCCGAAGAGCUAUGGGCAGCCGUCCCAGAACCACAGGAAUGGAGCACUCGAGGAGAAAUGUUCCCACUAUUAUUAAUAGAAGUGCAACAUCCCGCUGAGCCCGUUCAGCGUGCCGCUGCCUCUGCUUUAGCUCAUCUUGUUAGUGUGUCUGCGUCAAAAGAGGACGGAGUAUCGGAGCACAAAGAGAAAGAGACAGGACACCAGAUGCAGCCCAUGACUCGCGCAGAGGUGUUGCGCGCGCUCCAGGACAUUUACUCUGAGAAGUUACCGAUGAUCCCCGCCAAACUCGACCAGUUCGGUCACGUAGUGGAGGAAGCGGUGGACGAGUGGGGCGCCCGCCGCGGCAUCGGUCUCGCCCUGCUCGCCCUCGCGCCUCACCUCCGCGCACACGACGUUCCUGACGCCAUGCGGUUCUUUGUCGAACGGGGGCUCGGCGACAGGGCGGAGAAGGUUCGAGCGGAGAUGCUCAACGCCGCUAUGGCUCUUGUUGAACUACAUGGCAAGGAAACGCUCGGCAGUCAGCUUCCCGUGUUCGAAAACUUCUUGGACAAGGCUCCAAAGUCUGGCGGCUACGAUGCGGUGCGGCAAAGUGUGGUGCUGCUGGUCGGCUCGCUGGCGCGCCAUCUCGAGCCUGAUGAUGCACGAAUCAAGCCUAUCACGUUGAGACUCAUUGCCGCACUGUCUACCCCAAGCCAGCAGGUCCAAGAAUCCGUGAGCAACUGUCUCCCUCAUCUGGUAUGCUCGUCCGCGCUCGAGGGUGAAAUACCCGCAAUCAUGAACAAACUUAUGAAGCAACUCCUCACCGCUGAGAAGUAUGGAGACAGGAAGGGAGCUGCAUACGGUAUCGCCGGCAUUAUCAAAGGUCUCGGCAUCCUCUCGCUGAAGCAGCUCGACGUGAUGGGAAAACUGACCGAGGCCAUUCAGGAGAAGAAGAAUUACAAGUACAGGGAAGGCGCUCUAUUCGGCUUCGAAAUGCUCUGCUACAAACUUGGGCGCCUCUUUGAGCCUUACAUAGUCCACGUCCUGCCCCACCUGUUGCUCUGCUUCGGCGAUAGCUCGCAAUACGUGCGUGCCGCCGCCGAUGAUACGGCCAAGCUGAUCAUGAGCAAACUGAGCGCUCACGGCGUCAAGUUGGUGUUACCGUCGCUGUUGCAAGCGCUGAACGAUGAUAACUGGAGGACUAAAGCCGGUUCAAUUGAACUCCUCGGCGCUAUGGCAUACUGCGCACCGAAACAACUAUCUUCCUGCUUGCCUUCCAUCGUGCCCCGUCUUAUCGAAGUUCUAUCAGACUCGCAUAUGAGGGUGCAGGGCGCAGGCGCGGAGGCGCUCAAGGUCAUCGGAUCCGUCAUCAGGAACCCUGAGAUCCAGGCAAUCGUACCGGUCCUCUUACAAGCGCUUCAAGACCCUUCAAAUAAGACCUCCGCCUGCCUGCAAACACUCCUCGACACCAAAUUCGUACACUUCAUCGAUGCGCCCUCCCUCGCUCUCAUUAUGCCGGUCGUCCAACGAGCAUUCCUCGACCGAAGCACGGAGACGAGGAAAAUGGCGGCGCAAAUUAUUGGGAAUAUGUAUUCAUUGACGGACCAGAAGGAUCUGAUGCCGUAUCUGCCGAAUAUUAUGCCUGGGUUAAAGAGUUCACUGUUGGAUCCUGUGCCUGAGGUUCGUUCCGUAUCCGCGCGCGCUCUAGGCGCCAUGGUGAAGGGCAUGGGCGAGAGCAGCUUCGAGGAACUCCUCCCCUGGCUGAUGCACACCCUCACCUCGGAGUCCAGCUCGGUGGACCGCAGCGGCGCAGCGCAGGGGCUCAGCGAGGUGGUGGCCGGCCUGGGGGUCCACAAGCUGCACAAGAUCAUGCCGGACAUAAUCGCAACAGCGGAGCGCACCGACAUAGCGCCACACGUGAAGGACGGCUAUAUCAUGAUGUUCAUCUACAUGCCAGGCGCCUUCACCGACGAAUUCACCCCCUACAUCGGCCAAAUCAUCAACCCCAUACUCAAAGCCUUAGCCGACGAGAACGAAUACGUGCGAGAGACAGCCUUAAAGGCUGGACAAAGAAUUGUUACCUUAUACGCCGAAAGUGCUAUAACUUUACUGCUACCUGAGCUAGAGAAAGGCCUGUUCGACGACAAUUGGCGUAUCAGAUACAGCUCAGUACAGUUACUAGGAGAUUUGCUAUACCGUGUAUCGGGUGUCAGCGGUAAGAUGAGUACGGAAACGGCCUCGGAGGACGAUAACUUCGGUACGGAGCAGUCGCACAAGGCCAUUAUGUCGGCGCUGGGCAAUGAGCGGAGAAAUAGGGUGUUGGCCGGACUGUAUAUGGGCAGGAGCGACGUGGCGCUGAUGGUGCGACAGGCGGCGCUGCAUGUGUGGAAGGUGGUUGUGACCAACACACCUAAGACGCUACGCGAGAUCCUCCCAACACUGUUCGGACUGCUAUUGGGAUGCCUCGCCUCCACCAGCUACGAUAAGCGUCAGGUCGCCGCCAGGACCUUAGGAGACCUAGUGCGCAAGCUGGGUGAACGCGUCCUUCCCGAGAUCGUACCCAUCCUCGAACGGGGCCUGAAAUCCGAGCGUGCCGACCAGCGCCAGGGCGUUUGCAUCGGCUUAGGAGAAAUCUUGGCUUCCACGUCAAGAGACGCUGUACUGUCAUUCGCCGACGGAUUAGUACCUACCGUGAGAACUGCUCUAAGGGACCCGCUGCCUGAAGUGCGAUUAGCGGCUGCUAGGACUUUUGACAGUUUACACGCGACGAUCGGUAAUAAGGCACUUGAUGACAUUUUGCCUCAAAUGUUGGAAGGGCUUAAUGACCCCGACCCGGCGAUCGCGGAGGCCACUUUAGACGGUUUGAAGCAGGUGAUGGCGAUAAAAUCCCGCGCCGUGCUGCCGUACCUCGUGCCCGUGCUGACGUCGGGCACGGGCACGGGCACGGGCACGGGCACGGCCGACACGCGCGCGCUGUCGGCGCUGGCGGCGGCGGCGGGCGGCGCGCUGGCCCGGCACCUGCCGCGCGUGCUGCCCGCGCUGCUGGCCGCGCUGCAGGCCGCGCGCGGCACGCCCACGGAGGCCCGCGAGCUCGACCACUGCAGGAACGCGCUGCUGCCCGUCACCGACGCGCAGGGCGUCCGAUGCAUAAUCGACAUGCUGCUGGAGGCCAUCCGCAGCAGCGAGGGCGACAAGCGCAAGCGCCGCGCCGCCGCCGCGCUGCUGUGCGCGUACGUCACGCACACGCGCGCCGACCUCACGCCGCACGUGCCUCAGCUGCUCCGCGGACUCAUCCUCCUCUUCGCUGAAACAGACCGAGAUGUCCUCCAAAUGGCCUGGGAGGCCCUCACGGCGCUAACGAAGACUUUGGACGCGGAGAGACAGAUAGCCCAUGUGGCGGAUAUAAGGCAGGCUGUGAGAUAUGCCGCUUCGGAUUUAAAGGGAGAGCUGCUGCCCGGUUUCUGCUUGCCUAAGGGCAUAGCACCAAUCCUGCCUCUUUUCCGCGAGUCCAUCCUUAACGGCCUACCCGAAGACAAGGAAGCUGCCGCACUCAUGUUGGGGGAAGUCAUCACGUUAACUUCAGCAGCCGCUAUACAGCCUUCCGUAGUGCAUAUUACUGGACCGCUCAUUCGUAUCCUUGGUGACAGGUUCAAUGCCAGCGUAAAGGCAGCUGUGCUAGAGACUCUGGCUUCGUUACUCUCAAAGGUUGGCGUCAUGCUGAAGCAGUUCUUACCACAACUCCAAACGACCUUCCUAAAGGCGCUCAACGACCAAUCGCGCCCAGUCCGUAUCAAGGCCGGCCUUGCGCUCGCUCAACUAGUACGGAUACAUACACGCGCCGAUCCGCUCUUCGUUGAGAUGCACAACGGCAUCAAGAAUGCUGAUGAUCCUGCUAUUAGAGAAACUAUGCUGCAGGCGCUUAGGAGCAUCAUUACAGGUGGCGGCGACAAGAUGUCAGAGCAGCUAGCGCUAAGCGUCCUAGCCACCCUGACAAGCCCUGCCCUAUUAGCCCACCCGGACGACCCGCCCCGCGGCGCGGUCGGCGGCUGUCUCGGCGCGCUGUUGCACUGUCUCCCUCCCACACAUCGAGAUGCGGCCUUGUUGCAUCAUGUGUUAGCUGGUGGGAAUACUACGAUCACGGAAGCAGAUUGGAUGUUAGCUCAUGGGAGGUCUUGUGCGCUUUUCGUCGCCUUAAAAGAGACGCCUGAGGUAGUUUACACGGAACAGUUCGAAGAGAAGAUAGAAAAGGCCCUCCUAGGAUACCUAGCCAGCGACAAAGUACCCAUCGCAUGCAACGGUCUCCGCGGCAUGGGGUACCUUAUGAAGCACCUUCUGGAACAUGAUCGCGCGCCACCACAAGCCAUACUCACACAGUUUGUCAGGAGCAUGAACCACAGCAACAACGAGGUGAAGCAACUGAUGGCGCGCGCCAGCACCAUGCUCGGGCGCUCCGGGGCGCUGCGCGGCUGCAGGGGCGCCGACGUGCUGCGCCCGCUGCUGCCGGCGCUGGUCAACGGCACCAAGGAGAAGAACACCUACGUGCGCGCCAACGCCGAGCUCGCGCUGCGAGCCGUGCUGUGUCUGCAGAACGACGAGGGCUUCCACAAGCAAUGCCUCUCCCUCCUCGACGAAGGCGCCCGCGAAGCGCUCAGCGACGUGGUGGCCCGCGUGCUGCGCCGCGCGCUGCAGGACGGCCGGGACGAAGAUCUCGACGUCACGCUGCUCACCUGAGCACCGCUGUAUCUGUCACACUCUAAUAUACUGUAUCUACCA